CGAGCACUGGGAAAGCGGGCAUUUAUCGCUGGUGCUGGCUGCUAUGGCGGCGACAAAAUUCUACUGACGCAUAUUGAAGGGCGAACAGUGCCAUGGCCGGGCGUAUGGUGCAGACGGUUGCUCCCGGCAACUGCCCAUCUCAGCCAGGGAGUCCACCAGCCGAAACGCCCAUAGCAGCUCCGAGUCUUAUCAACUUGGCGUUUGCCACGCCCGACAUGCUGCAGACAAGGGGCCCACCUCCUAUGACUACCAUCACCCUCACACGUGACCUGCGGACAGACGGUCAGCUGAACCCUGGCGUGCAGAAGCCCAUCCUGGUGACUGUCUCUGGCCUGCCCGGCAUGGUGGCCGGUUCCAAGCCACAGACAUUGCAGGGAGGGGCCACUGCGAUGGAGGGCUGUGUACAGCUGGCACCACUGUCACUGGCACCGGACGCGGAUGGCUCUGGGCCGACGUUGGGAUCUACACCCACGGUCAGCUCGGCCACGCAGGCGGUGCUCGUGGGGAAGCCUGGUGGGGGAUUGGCAGUGAUUCCCGGAGGCACACAGGGUGCGGCGUUUGGCACACUCUUAGCCGGGGUGCUCACAUCUACACCUAGCGGGCAGCCUCCCUUGCUCACGGUGUCGUCAGUUGCGACACCUAUUCCAGUAGUGCUGCCAUCGUCUGUCACUGUGGCGCAGCUUCCAGCUCCUUCGGGGGUGACGGCGACGGCUUCAAUGGCAGCUCCUACCCUGAUGGCGACGAGCGUAGCAAACAGUGUGCCAGCAUCCUUGCACGGCUCUGUGCCGGGAUCGAUUUCGGGUUCUCUCCAUGGCUCUAUUCAAGGCUCGAUUCCUGGCUCAAUUUCUAGCUCAAUGCCCUGCUCAAUGCCAUGCUCGAUGCCAUGCUCGAUGCCAUGCUCGAUUCCAGUUACCAUGUCAGCCUCCACACUGGUUUCAGUGUCGGCUGCCAUGCCAGUGCCCAUGCCGUCGUCGGUGUCAACCUCCAUGCCUACUUCCAUGCCAACCUCCAUUUCUGCAUCAGGGCCAGCUCCAAUAAUGGUAUCUGUACCAACUUCAGCACCGACUUCUGUACAAGCCUCCUUAGCAUCUUCUGUGCCGAUGUCAGCACCAACAUCCAUAGCAGCGACAGUGCUGGCCACAGUGCCAGCCACGGCGGCAGCUCCUGUAACGGCCAUGGCAUCUGUUCCGGCAGCUGUGACAACCAUGCCUGCUUCCAUUACCGCCUCAGCACCUAUAAUUGUGUCGACUAUACCCCUUACCCCUUCUGUGCCAGCUGCACCAUCUACGCCUAUUGCGACACCAGUGGCUGCAACGGUGGCUGAAGGGUCAGCACAGGAACCAGAGUUUGAUCCCAUUCAGGCCAUGGAAUGGAACGAUGGCAUCGCCACACUCCCCGGUAGCAGCCUCAAGUUUCGUCUGACUGAGUUUGGCACCCUGGAGGUGGUGACCACAGAUGAAGUGGCCUCCGAAAGCAAGCCCCUUGAUCCACAAGACAGCCCCUUGAAGGCAUUUGUGGUACCCCAAUAUUCUCUCCAGCAGCAGGAACCUCUUAAUCACAAAGGUAUAGCUCGAAACACAGAUGAGGCAUCCAAGCCAGGAGCAAUUGCAACCUCUGCCGUGACUCCUGCUUCAGCACCGAUGAGGAAGGCGCUGCCUGAGGUGAUCAUCUGCUGCCAAUUUUGUGGGUGCCAUGGUCUUCGAAGCGAGUUUGUUCGUGAUGGUCUCUUCUGCAGCCAGCUCUGCUAUGUAAACUUUGCCAGUCGGGAGCGGAUAAAGCGGAAAGAGGAGCACCUCAAGCAGAGGAAACGCAAGGCUAGUCCCAGUGGAGAAGACUCGGAUGAUGAGGAGCCGCGUGACAGCCGGCCAAGUCCCCCGGUACCUCAGAGGGAGCCAUUUUCGUGGAACGAGUACCUUGAGCGCCUUGGCGCACAGGCAGCGCCAUCGAGGCUUUUUCGUGAGCACCAAGUGGCUCCCACCGUGGUUAAUGGUUUCCGAGUGGGCAUGAAGUUGGAAGCCGUGGACCCUGCACAUCCGAGCAUGUUCUGUGUGGUGACAGUGGCACAGGUGGUUGGCUACCGGCUACGGCUUCACCUGGAUGGCUAUGCCGAUGUGUACGACUUCUGGGUGAAUGCCGACUGCCCCGACAUGUACCCGGCUGGCUGGUGCGAGCGGACCCAUAGGAAGCUGCACCCACCCAAGGGCUACACUGCAGAGCAAUUCAACUGGGCCAACUACCUGCGCGCAUCGCGGUCCCAAGCAGCACCGAGGCAAGUGUUUGCAAACCGUAGCUCCACUCAGCCGGGUGCCCCGUUGCGAAUGGGCAUGAAGCUGGAGGCAGCUGAUCCGAACACUGGAGUGGCCUGUGUGGCCACCCUCACCGACAUCACCGACAGUGGCCGGUUUCUUGUUACACCCGAUGGACGCGACAAGAGCGGCGCUUUCUGGACCGAUGCUGGCUCUCCGCUUCUUCGGCCUCCCAACUGGAGUCGUGAGCAUGGAGAGACACUCAAUGCACCCACUACGGGCUGGAAGGGCCCAUUUUCAUGGGAGCGCUACCUCUCAGAUCAUCGGGCUCAGGGUAUACCCGUGCGAGCCCUGCGACCACGAGCAGGGCCUCAGGGAUUCCAGGUGGGGCACCGAUUCGAAGUGGUGGAUCCCCGUGAUAGGCGGUUCGUGCGUGUCGCAAGUGUGGCUGCAUUGCGGCCGCGGGGACUUCGUCAUCUGGACGGUUGGCCGCCGGAACGGGACUUCUUUCUGGAUGCCGACAGCCCAGACAUGCACCCGGCCGGUUGGUGCACCCGCACGGGUCACCCGCUCGAGCCGCCGGGCGCCCUGGCCCCUCUUCCUCCAGGAGCUCUGCCCUUUAACACUGAGUGUCCCACACCAGGUUGCCAUGGUUUUGGACAUGUGAAAGGAUUCGCUAGCCAUCACAGUGUUUAUGGGUGUCCCUUCUCAGCUGCCAAUCGGGAGUUGCCUGAUCGGCUCAACAUGCCAUCUAGCAUACCCCAGGAAACUAAAGACGGCCUAAGGCGGUGCCCCACUCCUGGUUGCAAUGGUAGUGGACACCUCAAGGAGAAAUACACCGUACACCACAAUGCAUCUGGCUGUCCUCUAGCAACGGCGCAUGCAGGGGACGACAGCAGCCAGGACAGCCCUUCGACAGCAGUGCCAACCCAGCCACGAGGCAGAGGACGGCCUCGCAAGAUACGGACACCUGAUGUUGUUCCCAACACCGUGCGGCUCAAGAAUCAAGAGCUCCCCCAAACAGUGCAUCAAUCCGUGUUUGGAGCAACACGGUCAGAAGAGCGUCCCCUGGGUCUGGAGCAGCACUGGCCGCAGUUGGAUCUGGUGCCGGGAUCGCUCGUGAUCGACUGGUCCUUGAACCAAGUAGCGCACUUUGUGAGCUCCCUGCCAGGUUGCCAAGGCCUCGCUGCCACGUUUAAAGAACAGGAAAUCGAUGGUGAGGCCUUUCUACUGCUCAGUCAGGCAGACCUGGUGCGCAACCUCCGGCUCAAGCUUGGUCCUGCCCUCAAAGUUCACAGCUGCAUUUUGCGCUUCCGCAGCACUCUGGCCCCAUCCUGAGCAUCUUGCAGUACUGCUCUGGCCCCUUCCAUGAUGACACGCACAUGCUCACACAAAGACAUACACCUGUUGUCCAUACUAGCACUGCAUCCCCCACCCCCCAAUGGUCCUUGUCUGUUUUUGUAAUCUCUGUACAGCAGCUACAUCUGCCUACUCCAAGAGUGGCCUCUUUAGGGAGAAGCAGUGGACGUGUUUGUGAUGCCACAUUUGCUGAGCCUGCAUUGUGACAUAAAAUUAUGAGCACGUGCCAUGACAUUGUGUUUCGGAAUAAAAAGAAAAUUAUAAUUCCAUG